UGAUCACUGACCUGCAUCCCUCCAAUCUGCUUAUCCAACCAUAAUGAUCCGCGGGAGCUAAUAUAGCUGAUAUAUACGUACUUUCACUUGUGCACUGAUAACGUUCAUAUACGUAUCCCAUGCUAAUGCGAAUGUGGCUUGUUUGUAUGUAAACCUUAUAACAUCGCUACUAUUUUACGAUGCCUCAUUUGAAGAAGAUAUUCAUAAUCUUUGGACUGAACAUUUCGGUAAUAUGGAUUGUAAUUUCACUACGCACAAUGACACCUACGCAUCCCCAGAAAAACCUUAUACAUCGCUCCUAUCUCGACGGCAACUUCACUCGGAGCAUUUCAGGCAUGGUAGAUUACGAGGCAGCCACGCCUGCAGGAGGAAAAAAUCCAUUGUGCUAUAAAGUUGUUUAUACUUGGCUGGAUGAACGUGAUACAUUUCAUGUCAACCUGAUAUUCAAGGAAACUGGUAGGUUUUCUUGUCCUGGCCUUUCUUGUGGUGUUCAGAUUGAACAUGGUCGCAACCUGACCAGACUUGCUGCCAGUGACGUCGUAAUUUUGUUUUACAAGUCAGAAUGGAAUUGGUAUGACCUUCUUGAGCAUCAAUCGGACAGACAGAAGUGGGUUUUCUGGACAUCGGAGAGCCCACGCCACACCAACCACCGUGUAAUUCCACCACCAGAACAUAGAAAUAAAACUUAUGAUUACAUCAUGACAUAUAGGAAAGGGGUAACGGAGACAGAUGCAUAUCUCCCUGAUGGUGGAUAUGGUCAUUUUGAUAGAAUAACGUCUUUGGUUCAAAAGAAUGACAACACGAACUGGGCGGCAAAUAAAGACAAAAUGGUUGCUUGGGUAUCUACUAAUUGCCACCCUUCUACAUUAAGCUAUGAUCGCACAGGGUUUGUGAAUGCAUUGGCGCGACAUGUCGAAGUUGAUAAAUACGGCCCUUGUGGAACCAUGGCUUGUAAGGAUCUGGCUACCUGUGGUCUACAGAAGUACAGGUUUUACCUAGCGCUCGAAAAUUCGGAAUGUGAGGAUUACAUCACUGAAAAAUUUUGGUACACCUCGCUUACUCUUGGUUUGAUACCCAUCGUGUUUGGAGCCCCAAAGGAAAACUAUCUCAGAGUAGCUCCACCAAAUUCCUUCAUAUUUGUUCCAGAUUUUUCAUCUAUAGAAACACUGGCAGCUUACCUGGUGAAGCUCAGUGAAAACGAUGCUCUGUAUAAUGAAUAUUUUGAAUGGAAGAAGGAAGGGUCUGUUACAUCACAUAUACAGUUUUCAAACAUGCAACCCCAGGCUCUCUGUGAUAGUGUUGUUAAUCGAGUAUUAAAAGACGAGGAAAUGGAGCGGGGUGAAAGAGGAAAGAGAGGAAGGAAACCGUUAGUCAACGAUUGGGAUGAAUGGUGGACAAACUCUUGCCAUUCCACCGUGACUGGAUUCCCUAUUCCUGAAAAAUGAAACAUUUUCUUCAAUUUUGUUCGGCUAAAAAAAUAUGCAUAUUACCGAGUUAUCAACUCAUACGAAUACAACGUUUACUUUUAGACGGUGUUAGAUUGGUUUGCGUGAAUUUAUAACUUUAGGAUAUCUAAGAGACCUCCUUUCUGAGAUCAUUCAAUUUGAUGUAAAUAUUUAUUUAAUAAACAUUUGUAUGAAUCAUUAAGGUUUUUUUUUAUAGGCGUGUAUAUUUCAUCAUGCUAGAUCAUUGAAUGUUCUGAAAGCAAAUUGAAUAAUAAAUAACUCCAUAUAGGUUGAAACGAAUGUAAUUAUGGCUCAUAGUCACAUUUCAUAAUGAAUCGCUAUUUAACACAAGAUCUCUUUAGGGUCCAUGCAGCCAAAAUUCCAGUUGGAUUAGUAUAGAUGUAUAUUAUGUUAUUCAAGCAUUCGUUACAUCUUUUAAUAUAUUAGCAAAUAUCUCAAGAAAAUUUGCUCAGCUCCAUCCCCCAAAUAGCUCUAGACCGUCCUCAUUUUUGAGGUGACAUUGUCAGAUAAUUGUUAGCAUUACAUGGUUAGAAAGCCAACGGCGGGGCAGUGGUGUAGCUUUGCAAGAAUGGACCACCUGUUACCUGUCUUUUUAUUUAGAAAAAAAUGCAAUAUGAGGCAUGAUCAGCAUUGCAUCAUCAGCAAAGAAAAGUGAUGCAAACGUAAUAUAUUGUAAGCAUAUACUGAACUCUUUAUUUACAAGUAUGACAUUGUUUAUUGUAAAGGUAUAGCGCUGGCUCUGAGUGAACGAUGAUGUCAAUGUGAGAAUAACAUCUCCAGUUCUUUUUUUUUCUUUUUUGAGGAGUGGAAAUAAGCUUGUUGAAACAUGUUCGCUCAAAUUAUUAUUCGAAAUAUAUUUGGACACCACAAUAGGGAGUAUCAUUUGUAUUAUGAACUGUACAUCGAUAUGAAUUAACAUUAUAUUGUAAGCAUAUACUGAACUCUUUAUUUACAAGUAUGACAUUGUUUAUUGUAAAGGUAUAGCGCUGGCUCUGAGUGAACGAUGAUGUCAAUGUGAGAAUAACAUCUCCAGUUCUUUUUUUUUUCUUUUUUGAGGAGUGGAAAUAAGCUUGUUGAAACAUGUUCGCUCAAAUUAUUUAAAAAAUCUUCGAAAUAUAUUUGGACACCACAAUAGGGAGUAUCAUUUGUAUUAUGAACUGUACAUCGAUAUGAAUUAACAUUAUAUUGUAAGCAUAUACUGAACUCUUUAUUUACAAGUAUGACAUUGUUUAUUGUAAAGGUAUAGCGCUGACUCUGAUCGAACGAUGAUAUUCUUUUUCUUUUUUUAAGGAGUGGAAAUACACAGCGUGUUAUAUAGGCAGCUUGCUGUCGAAUCAUAAUCAAAUGACGUACGAAGUGGAAAAUGGUGAAGUGGUACUUAUCUAUCUCUCAUUCCGAUUUUAUUGUCAAAUGUGAUGUUGAAAUCAAGUUGUGACUAUACAUUGUAAUCUAAUUUCAAAAGCUCUAAGGAUUAUUAAUCGCAUGUGAAAGAGAAACACCCGCUUCACUACCAUACACACAAUAAUGACAAUUAUAGUUGAAGCCAUCACGAUUAUUAAAUGCCAUUAUUUUACAUCA